UCCGGUUGGUUGUGAAAAGUCAGAUGAUUUGUUUAUGCGCAAAAAUCUAAAAAGUGUUACAAUCAUUGUUUAGUAAUGCUCGAACCAUAUAGUGUCGCAGAAUACCGGGAGCAUUCCUUGUAGAUUUGAAUAACAUGUUAUUAUUCCUUAAAUAAUUAAAAAUAGGUCAGCAAAUAAAACAAUGAAUCGCUUCUCCAAAGAGUCGAUUUGGCAUUUGUUUUAUUAAUACGCACUCCGCUGGUGGUGUUUAGUGUUCAGGGAGUAAUGCCUUCGUUCCGGUAUCGAUUUCAGUCCGAAACACCGGGCGCCAGCAAGUACUCGCAGUAUGACGACGAAAAACCAAAGUUCCACAGGCCCAUGCCCGCAUCCCAUUUCAUGGGCGUUAUGGGGCUCAUAGUGGUCGUAUUCGCCCUCGUAAUAAUCAUAGAAAAACAAUUACCGGCCGGAUUAAAACUGGAAGACGAACCGAGGCAUCCCGAUAGUUUUAUAGCGGAACGCGCCUACAACGUGUUGAAAAACUUAACCUCAAUCGGACCGAGGAUAGCCGGCAGUUACGAGAACGAAGUCAUAGCGGUCAAAAUUAUAACCGGGGAGAUAGAAGAGAUAAUGCGAGGAGCUAACAGGAACAACGUGGUGGAACUGGAUAUCCAGAAAGCUUCGGGAGCUUUCAAUCUGGAAUUUCUGGACGGAAUGACCAACGUAUACCGGGACGUGCAAAACAUAGUCGUGAAAGUAGGGUCGAAAAUCAAUUCGCGUCACAGCUUGUUGAUCAACUGUCAUUUCGAUUCCGUCGUCGACAGUCCAGGUGGCAGUGACGAUGGCGCCAGCUGUGCCGUCAUGUUAGAAAUAUUGCGGGUGCUCGUGAGAUCGGAAAAAAUUUUGAGGCACAAUAUCAUUUUUUUGUUUAACGGUGGCGAAGAAAAUUUUAUGCCCGCCUCUCACGGCUUCAUUACUCAACACAAGUGGGCGAAAGAGGUUAGGGCCUUUAUAAACUUGGAGGCGUGCGGGGCGGGCGGUCGGGAGGUGCUAUUUCAAGCCGGACCUAACCACCCCUGGAUUUUGGAAACGUAUUCCGAAGAAGUGCCUUAUCCCUAUGCUUCUUCCUUGGCUCAAGAGAUUUUUCAAAGCGGCGUGAUCCCCGGUGAUACGGAUUACCGCAUAUUUCGCGAUUUCGGAAACAUAUCCGGUUUGGAUUUCGCUUGGUCGGCCAACGGUUACGUCUACCACACGAAAUUCGACACCAUCGAACAAAUACCCCUGGGUUCGCUGCAGCGAACCGGAGACAAUAUACUAGCGCUGGCCAAAGGUAUGGCCCAGGGACAUCAAUUGGCCAACGUGGAACAAUACAGGGCCGGGAACUUGGUAUUCUUCGAUUUUCUCGGCGCCUUCGUGAUCCGAUGGCCCAUGGCGACCGCCGACGUUAUAAAUACGUUGUCUGUGAUAUUUUCGUUUUACUGCGUUUUCAAAAACGCGGAGGAAGCCAAACUGCACGAGAGUUUAUACAUGAAGACUUACGCGAGGAAACUGCUUUUCUGCGGUUCGGCCAUUGUGGCCUCUUGGGUGUUGUCGGUCGCGUUCGGACUCCUGACCGCCGCCCUCAUCAAUGGUUUGGGUCGCAGCAUGAGCUGGUACUGCCGACCCCUUUGGGCUUUUUUUUUGUAUGUGAUACCUUCCCUUGUGAUUUCGUUGAUUACGAUCUUACUACACGCCAAAUAUUACAAUAAGGACUUGGAGCUGUCGCCGUGGACGGUAUUCCAGUUGUACUACGACGCAUAUCAAACGAUUUGGACUUUAAUUCUAUUCGUUGGAAUUGUUUUACGAAUAAGGUCUAGUUUUAUAGCUCUCACUUGGGUAUUUUUCGCUUCCCUGGGGAAUAUCUUGAAGACGCUUCUGUUUGGACGGUGGAGGGAUUCGAAAUGGAUUCUGCUACACAUUUUGGUGGUCGGACUGCCGUUCGUCCAGUCGUUUUACCUGAUCAUAGGUGCGUUAUACUUGUUCAUACCGAUAAUGGGUAGGGCCGGUGCCGGGAGUCACGCGGAGUUUCUCAUAGCCGUGAUGGUUAGCGUGCUAUUCGCGAUGCUGUUCAGCUUUGCGGUCCCGCUAAUACUACUAGUCAAAAAAGUCGAUAGGAUUUUUAGCCUGCUCAUCGGACUGUUCCUAAUAUCGCUGGCUUUUCUGAUACUAACCCCGCUCGGAUUCCCUUAUUCGGGCGAUCCGAACGUUUUGGCGCCCCAGCGUUUCAUGAUGGCCCAUACCAAACGAACGUUCCACGACGUUUCUGGUGCCGUGGUUAACGAGUCCGGCGGUUAUUGGAUAGCGGACAUGGACGUCAACAGUCCGCACACGGUCGAUAGGCACGUGCCCUUAAUGAGAACGGCGAAAUUGGUACGGGAAGAGUGCGACCGGUAUUUGUAUUGCGGGUUGCCUUAUCUGGUGCCGGUUUUGACGAUGAUCUGGAAAACGCAUUGGGUUCCCGGACCGGAACCCGUGAUCCUCACUCCCGUCAGCUUGAACGUGAAACGGCAGAAAACUCCCGCUGGGCAAAGGAUAUUCUUGGAGGUGCAUGGUCCGACGCACAUAGGAGUCAUGUUCUCCCCGGUCAGAGGGGUUAAAAUAUUAAACUGGAGCUUGCCCCCGGACCAUCCUUUGGCAGGUCCGUCAUGGCAAGGAAGGGAUACUUAUUUCAUUUAUUACGCUUACGGAUUAGAUCCAGUGCCUUUAAAUUUUUCGAUAGAUUUUGAAAUUCCUCCGGAUCAUAUUGGUCCGGUCAUGGAUUUGGCGGUCACGUCGCAUUACUUGUUCGGUAAGGGGAAGACGUCCAAGCACCUCAGCGAUCUCGUGGUCCAGUUCCCAUCUUGGUCGGCCGUGACGUAUUGGACCGCCUCCUACGAGUCCUGGGUAGUUUGAUCAAAAAUAGGGUGCAAUUUCGAUAUUUAGCCGCGUUCGUUACACAAAGUUGCCGUAAAUAAUAUUCGGUUGUAGUCCGCUUGUACUUUCUCGGAAUGUUCUUCUAUAUAAUACGGCUUACGCGCUUUCGUAUAUUAAAUACUUGAGGUUACCGUAAUUUAGAAGCUCAGUUUUGCCUAGAAUUCAACUACUCCUGCUGGCUAUUUGAACUUGCCGGAUAUUAUUUACUGCGAUUAGAGGUUAGAAUUUGUUGAAUUAGUUUUAGUUUAUUUAUUUUAUUCGACGAUUUAUUUUUUGUAUUUCGGCCAUAUCAUUAAAACGUUUGACGAAUUAUUGUGUAUUUUUUUAAAUAUUUUACCAUGUGGGUUGGUGUC